AUGUGCUCCCGCGGGUCUUGCCACGACUACGAGUCCUCCUGCCAUGGAUCCCGCUCCUCCUGCCAUGAGUCCCGCUCUUCCUCCUGCCACUCGGGGCCCUCCUGCCACUACACCAUCCAGAGGCAGCCUGUGCAGAAGUUCAGCUACGUGACGCCCUGCUGCCCCCCGGUGCAGCCCUGCUACCCCCCUGUGCAGCGUUACUGCCCCCCAGUGCAGCGUUACUGCCCCCCAGUGCAGCCCUGCUGCCCCCCAAUGCAGCGUUACUGCCCCCCAGUCUGCCCCCAGGUCACCAAGAACAUCUGCAAGCUGCCAUCGUCCUACCCCAAGUACUGAGGGCAGGAUCCAACAUCAGGACGCACCAGCUCACUCCUCACCCACAGCUUCCAGCUUGUCCCAGUGCUCGUGGCUCUGCAGCUUUGCCACUUCUCUGCAAGAAAAGCCUUCUAAAACUGCAAGAGAUGAUGCAGUUUUAGGAUGAAACCUCUCAGUUUGAGGAGCUCUGAGAUGUUUAUCUUUCCUCUGCCAACACUGGGAAUGGUUCCCUUCUUGCUUUGCUGCUUCGUCCUCCAGCAAGACAAUAAAAAAUGGUGUUUCAAGCCAAA